CUCCAUAUAGAGAAUUAAAGUGACGUUUGUGGAAACAGACUCAUGGCUCAGCCUGCUCCUGCUGAACUGAUUUAACUGUUUAAUUUGCUACCAAGUUGUUUGGAUCUCACUAUUCCAAGGACACGGCCAUGCCGAUGAUCACUUGACUGACCCUGGAUAUCUUCUGAAUUUCACUGCGGCCAUGAAGUCCUUCAGAAACGUGUCUGCUCUCAUUUUUUGGCUGAGUAUACUAACAGCUGUUUGUCUACUUGGUUCAGCUGCCUCUGAUGGUAACAGCCUGUGGAGUAAGAAAAUAAAGUUCCCAGGUCGUCCAUGUUUGUGGCAGCUACACCCAAAAAUCGAGGUACCAGCUCUUAAUGAGCUGACUGCAUGCGUGCUUCUACGCUUAAAGAUUAAUGCAAAAUGGACAGGGUUUGUCUACAAAAAACCAGGGGGAAGAGACAUAGAACUGGGACUCCAAGGCACCAGUAGAAUGGUAUUAGUGUGGUUGUUUGGAAAAGAAAAACACUUCAACAAAGAACUGAAAUCAGACAAAUGGUAUUCCUUUUGUGUUACCUGGUCGGGCCGAGCUCACAGGCUUCGACUCUACAUAGAUGGAGAAAAAGAGCCUGAGGUUCUUUUGGAUCCCCCCUCAUCUCUACAUCUGGCCCCGAAUGGCUCUCUCACUCUGGGGGCUUCUCAUUUUGUAUCCAACGGCAAGGUGCAGCUGGAGAAUGGGAAGGAUCUGAUAGGUGACAUCGGCCGUUUCAGGAUAUGGAACAGAGAAUGGAGCACGGAUGAAAUGAAAGGGGAGAGCUGUGCUGAUGGAGACGUGGUGAGCUGGGAUCUGCGGCAGUGGCACUACAACUGCCCUCCUGAGGAUGACAGCAGCCUUCACUGUGCAUGGUCGCAGUACAAAAUCCAAAUGUUGGCUUUCAUGGAUCACUCUCAGAGGGCUGGAAAGUGCCCUUUGUCUCUGGAGGAAGUCACAAGAGACUGGCUGGAGAACGUUUUCCCUCAUAACAUGUCUGUCCGUGACAUCUUUGUGUCAUCUCCAAGCCGUAGCCACUGUGGGGUUAAUGAUUCUGCUGCUCUACAUGCUCAACAACCUCAGGAAUCAUGGGCAUUCUCUUCCUGUGAUAAGUGUUUCAGCAGUAAAAUUUAUGUGAAUGUGAAUCCUGCUGCUAACGUGGACGUGGUUCAGGAAAGCAUCGCUGCUCUGCUGACUGCGAGUUUCUCUUACAACUUCUUCAACCUGACAGCUGACCCUUCUAGCAUCAGCGUUCUACCCGUAGAGUCAUUCCCUCCAGAGGCAAAUCCUACUCUGACUGCCAGUACUGUAAAACCUACAGGUCAAACUCAAAUCCUGCCAACUCGACCCAGCAACAUGUCGACGACUGGAGGGCCUCUAGACCUCAACGAAACCACCUUUCUGCAAGAUGUGUUCUUCAGAAUCAAUCUGACCUUGAACAUGACAGGCAGUCCUACAAAUCCAGAAGAGGAUAUUGAGAGAUGGAUCAAAGAGCAGCUGGAGGUGAAAAACGCCAUGACUGUUCUGAAUCUCAUCAUAGAAGAGGAUAAUGGCAGGUACAUGGAGCCACACAAUGGUCUGAUGAUUUUCCACGACCAACAAACACAGUAUAACUGCACCUUUCAAGUUCAGGAAUAUGACACGGGCAAUGUGAAUGACACUAUGAGUGUUAUCAAUGCUGCACUGACUUCAAUAUAUGAAAAUGAAUCCUUCACUUUACAAACUACACGUGUGGUGAUCAAGCACAUAAUGCCAGGGGACUGUCCAGAUGAUGUCACAGAUACGAUAUAUGGGGAGUAUUAUUGGUCUGCAACAUGUCCACAAAGAAGCACAGAAAUUAUCUGUGAGAAACCAGACUCGGAGAGAGCCACCAGGUUCUGUAUGCUAGACAGUAAAACUGACAAGAGCAUCUGGGCUGCACCUGAUAUGACAGCUUGUGAGCCAAUUGUGACCAUAUCAGACCUGGAAAAUGUCAAUGUGACCACUGAUAACGCGGGGGAGGUGGUGGACAUUAUUCAGGAUCUUGUAGACAACCAAUUAGGAAACAGUACCGAGCUCUCCCCCUCUGAUCUGGACACUAUCGUGGAGAAGCUCGGUGAAGUGGUCGAUGUCGGUGUUGUCAAACCUGCCGUUGGUGCCGAUAUUGUCAACAUUGUUUCUGAUAUCCUGCUUUCAAAAACUAACAUCUCUACAGUGGCUGGCACUGUCCUUAAUCUGACUGAGAGAAUGGGCAACAACAUGGAUUUCCAAGAGGAAUCUCUAAGUGUAACAGCCCCUUCUUUGGCCCUGUCCAUGGUCAAUGUGAAGCCAGGUAACUUUUCUGGCCUCACCUUUGGAGUGUCGUUCUUCUCUCCACUGCUGAACCCAGAGGUUUCUGUCAACCAGAGCUUUGAGGGUAAACCACCCACUGACACAGAUGCAGCUAUCUCUUUGCCCCCUUCCCUCCACCAACACUUCCCUCCUGGAGGGACACAGAGAACCCGGAUUCAGUUUCAGUUCUACGGAACACAAGAACUUUUUCAGGAGCCCAGCAUAAAUAUUGGAGAAGAGGGCAUCUGGGAACUGAACUCCUAUAUCGUAUCUGCCAGUGUCAAUGGGAGCCAUGUGAGCGGCCUAAGCGAUAAAGUGGUGGUGACCCUGAAACAUCAAACACCCAUAACUCUGAAGACGGAUGUAGCUUGUGUGUUCUGGGAUUUCCAGAAAAAUGCCGGAAAGGGUGGCUGGGACAAGAAAGGUUGUACAACUGAGAAUCUGUCUUCUAAUCGAACCAGCUGUCAGUGUGAUCACCUCACUCAUUUCGCCGUCCUGCUGGAUAUAUCCAGGGGCAAUCUCAGCAAAACUGACGAAGAGGUCCUGAUGGUGAUUUCAUAUCUUGGCUGUGGUAUAUCCUCCAUCUUCUUGGGCAUCACCCUUCUCACCUACCUUGCUUUUGAGAAGCUGCGUCGAGAUUACCCAUCUAAGAUACUCAUCAACCUGAUCAUCGCCCUGCUGGGGUUAAGCAUGCUCUUCCUCCUUGACUCCUGGCUCUCAUCAUUCCAGAACUACGGUCUGUGCAUCGCCACUGCUGUAUUUCUGCACUAUUUCCUGCUGGCUUCAGUCACCUGGAUGGGCCUGGAGGCUUUGCACAUGUACUUAGCACUCGUCAAAGUCUUCAACAUCUACAUUCCCUCCUACAUCCUCAAGUUCUGUGCUGUAGGAUGGGGUAUUCCUCUGGUAAUAGUGAGCCUGGUUCUGGCUAUUGAUAAGGAUGCAUAUGGCAGCAUUGUACCUGAAGAGACUAAAGUGGGGCUUCAGUCCAGUGAUCAAUUCUGCUGGCUGCAGGAUGACGUCUACUUCUACGUGACGGUGGCAGCAUUUUUUCUUCUGAUCAUGUUGUGCAACAUCGCUGUGUUCAUUGUGGUUCUGAUCCAGAUCAGACAGAUGACGGUCAAUAAGCCGUCAGCAAAGGGUCGCACGUCUCUGCAAGACCUGAGAGCGGUGGCGAGUAUCACCGUGCUGUUAGGCCUGACUUGGUCAAUGGGUUUCUUUGCAAUUGGGCCGGGAAGAGUGGCCAUGUUGUACCUGUUCUGCAUCUUCAACUCUUUGCAGGGCUUCUUCAUUUUUGUAUUUCACUGUUUGUUGAAGGAAAAUGUGAGAAAGCAGUGGAGAAUCCACCUGUGCUGUGGACGUUUCAGACUCAAUGAUUACUCAGACUGGAGUCGCUCUGUGACAGCAGGUGGUGGUCCCGGCAAAAGGAGCAUCCUGGUCAACUCAGACUCUUCUGACACCACUACCAGAAAAGUGUCAGACACCUCCACAGGAUCAGCUCCAAACCACCAGCAGAGGGUGUGAAUGGGCCUCUCUUUAUGCCAUACUGUAAAGCUCUGUUCCAAAGUCCAUUAUUUAAUCACAGAUGAAAAUAAAACACUUCUAUGUCUACAUUUUGGCAGAGAAAGCUCAAAUGAACCAUAGCUUCUGGAAGGUGCAACAGGUUCUCAGUAAUUAAAGUGUCUGUUGCAGUAAAAUCUGCAAAGAAAUUAAUGCUUUAAGAUGAAAAGUGUGACUAAAAAGUUCAUCUUAUGCUUUUAUUGUGAUAUUAAAGCCCACUUGCUUAUUUAAUGCUGCACAGAAGCAUCUGCAAGAGUUUUAAGGUAGAUUAACUCUGACCUCUUUUCAAAGUACAUGAGAUGUUUGUUGCCUGUAUAGCUGCUCUCAACUGUGCCUUUUCCAUGGACCUUUACAUUUCAUGCACUAGGAUGUUACCUUUAACAAAAACCUCAAAUAUAUUCUUAAUUUCCAUAACAAUAAAGUGGCAAGUUUAAAUUUUAUUUAAUUUCUUAGUUGGAUUUUGUGCUUCAUUUAACCUCUGCAUGCUAAACCAUGUGUGAUGAUAUGAGAGGACCUAAGAGUUGAUAGAAAAAAGUAAAGUUUUUCUAUGCCCCCCUCUCUAUAAUGCAUUAUAACAUAGUAUAAGUUUACUUAUACUUUGUUAUAAUGCACCUAUUGUGCUGUAUAACAUAGUUUUAAGCAUUUAUGACUAUCUAUAAUGCCUUAUAAUAGUAAGAAUAACUAAUCAUAAUGCCAGUGUUCAUAAUGACUUAUAUAAGAAGCCAUUAUAGACACAGUCAUUAUAACCAGAUAUGAUUACUGUUAUAAGGCAUUGAGUGCUUAUGUGUUAUAACACACCUAGAAUGCUGUAUUACCAUAGUUAUAAGCAUACUUAUAAUAUGUUAUAAUUCAUUAUAGAGUGGGGAACAUAGAGCGUGUCUGUUGGAAUAGUCCUUUUUUUCUCAGGAAGGUUCCUAACUGACCAGGAAGAAUUUGAUGGUCAUGAUUAGGGAUGUCUGAUUUCUCUGAAUAAUAAGGGCUGUAUCUCAUGUCUCUAAGGUUGUGCUGAGUCCUUUCCUUAGCAGCGUCACUUUGUGUCAGGACGCUCAAACAGCUGACUGUGUCUGCAUAAAUAUGUACUGUAUUUAUUCUAAUAAA